CAUGAAUAUAUUUUCUAUCAUCGGAGUGAUAUACAUCGUUCAUAACUUUUAUGCUAACUGCAAGCCUGGUUUUGAGCAAACAAGUGCGUUGUUCCCGGAUGGAAAAUCAACCUCUGGAAUGGAUGACGGAAGCUAUAAUGGCUACGACAAUCCAGAAUAUUCAUUUAAUGCACCGGCAGAACAGGGUAAAAUCAGUGGUAUGAGCGCCUUUAGCGACGAAGAAGUUUCACUAGCUCUUGAUCGAUUAACGCUGCGCGAAUUGAAUCAACUUUCUCGACUGAUUGACAACGAAGAGAAAGCCGAUAGAAUUCCAUCGAAAAGAAAUGUUACCAGUCCAAGAAUUCACAAUUACAACAAACGUGAAGAGGUACGUGAGAAGAAAAGGACUGGUAUUGAGGUAAUCAAAUCAUGGUUCUCGAGAACGAGUCCGACAAAAAGCACUAGAAGACCCACGGUGGAAAGUACCACAACCACCAGCACUGUUGGCACAACAUCAUCAACGAAAACCACCAAACAUGUGCCUAUCAAAACCAACUUCCCAAGUUACGGUCCAGGACACUUAGGAGUUCAAUCUAGAGUUAAUCAUUCAAAACCAGCUAUGAGGAAUACCCAAGUGACAGUGAAACUCCUCAAUGAAUCAAAUGCAAUCUCGAAACAUUCUAUGCGUUCAGUUCCAUACAACAAUCAUCAAUCAGAUGACCACAUUCGGCGGCCGCUCAGUCGAAGAGAACGCAAACGAAGGAUGUCCGGAGGUCACAGUUACAAAUCGGAGGAAGUAUCACUUGUUACCGGGACGUCGGGUACUCUGGAAGAUUCAUUUCCAGAUCCCACUUCAUCAGCGGAAGCGCGCAGCCCACUCGAAAGUCUUGUGCGAGUAAAACGAGAAUAG